UGCUACUUCCUUCCGGUUUCGACAAGGUUCACCUUGGACAAACUUCAACUUGCUCUAUCGCAACAGACAGCAACAUGCCCACAGUAAGCUUAGGAGAAGCUGUAGGCUGUUUAGCAGGCAUUGGUGGAGCCUGUUUAUUGAAUUUAACUGCCAGGAAACCACUCCACACAGGGAUCUACAAGCAUGCACUUCUGGGUGCGGCAGGGUUCUACCUUGGCACGGCCAUCGACACAUGGAACAACAAGAAGAGGCAGGAGAAGCUGUUGAUCCUGGAGGACUAUGUCAGGCAGCAUCCAGAGGACUUCCCAGAACUAGAACCUAAGAAAUACAGGGAUGUUCUCACACCCUGGAGUCCUGUCCGCUAGGCUGCCUGAAAGAUGUGAUGUGACUGUGUAGUUGUACUUCACUGGAGGAGAAGUUGUUCUUCAGUGGAGGAGAAAGAAACUUUCGGAUUUGUGUGCUUUCAUACCAUUUCAGUUAAAAGAAACACCAGCUUCGCUCAUGCUGCAAGUUUGUAUUGUAAAUAUUGAUAUUAAAACCAUAGAAGUAAA